UAAUUAUGUUCUGAGUAAACAGGAGUGUACUCUUAAAAAUAUCCCCGUGUUUGCAGAUGAUCAUGAUAUAGCAUACAAUAUGAGUUACAAACUUUCCUCAAAAAGUUUAGUACAGUAUGGGUGUGUACGUCCGUGUAAUAUCGUUUCUGUGGGCCUUGUUCGGUGUAGGUGGUCAGACAGGUGCAUGGUUCAACCCUCUUAUAGCUUGAUAAUUAAAACUCUUGCUUCGGUAUGGUCUGAUAAAAGGGGUGAGCUUUCUUCUGACAUAGGUAGGCUAUCAUGAUUUGGCGUGCCUAUCCGUUAACGGAUUCCAUUUGUCUCAUCGUUGCACUCGACCGGAUACUGAAGGGACCAAGUAGCCCCUAAACCCUCAUUAAUGUACUCUCCUUCUGCACUGGAACAGUUCUGGAAAUGGACUAGGCGCGCUCACACGGGCGAAUGGGGUGCGGAGGCAAGAGGGAUCAUUUGGCGUUUAGGCACGUGCACAAUGUUAUGACACGCGCAUUUAUUUGUCUGAUUUCUAAACUGACACGUAUCAAAUAUGCAAUAAUUGGGGGAUACUACAUUCAACUCUAAAUGGGUAGAUUCAAUUUUAAUGAGUUUGCAUUAAUGGAUAGGCCAGUUGAACAUAAAAAGAUAAUCUUUCCUCCGUUCAAUGGUUGUGUUGAAUUGAUAGUAGCUACAAUAAUUGCAUUCGACUCCAACCGCAAGCAAAUUAGCAAAAAAAUGUUUUUAUGGAGGCGUGUCCCUAAUUUGAGUUGUAAUACAAAGCACCUGUUCUCACAAUUAUAAAACCGCGGAUAAAUUCCAGGUUUGAGUGCGUUUUCGUGCAUGCUAAAACGAAAAAGAUUGUAACACAACGCCCGUGCUGAAAAGUAGGAACAACAGGUACUGCUACAGUAAUAAUGAGCACUGGAACACCUUAUAUCGGAAGUAAAAUAAGUCUUAUAUCCAAGGCCGGCAUUCGUUAUGAAGGCAUUUUGUAUACAAUCGACACGGAUAACUCGACGGUGGCUUUGGCGAAGGUAAAAUCAUUCGGGACAGAAGGUCGGCCUACAGACAGACCCGUGCCUCCCAAAGAUGAAAUAUAUGAAUACAUCAUUUUCAGAGGGAGUGACAUCAAGGACAUCACUGUGUGUGUGCCACCUAAAUCACACCAUGGUUUACCUCAUGACCCUGCCAUUGUCCAGUCGUCCAUUGGCAGCUCCUCUGCAUACCUGUCCCAGGACCCCUACAGUCCCUACAGAAAUAUGGUUUCUUCUUAUAACCAACUGGCUGCAAGCUCUCUACUCAACCAGCAGUAUGCUGCUGCUCUUGGUCUGGGGGCAGGGCUUCACAGCUCUUCAGUGAGAAGAGGCCCGACAGUAGAGCAGGCUGUCCAGACCGUACCGGCUGAGAUUGCUGCCCAGAAAAGAAGCCAGCAAGCAAGGGAAUCAGGUCGUCCUCCCCAGCGUGCUGCUAGAGAUGGCAUUCAGUCUCAGAGGACCGCUUCCAAUGAUCAAACGUCAUUGCAGCCUGGCCCAGAACAGGACCAAAGGCCAGGCACUGAGGAAAACCGCAGGCCACAAAGACGAAGGCAAGCUAAUCGUAGGUCAAGGAACCGUGGGAGAGGUCGGCUUCUUGUAGAAAACUCGAAAGCCACAACGAUACAAUUUGAGGCAGAUUUUGAUUUUGAAACGGCCAAUGCUCAGUUCAACAGAAAUGAACUUGAGAAAGAACUUCAGGAAAAACUGACAAUCAAAGACCCAGAGGAGAAGGUGGACUCUGGGGUUAGCGAGGGUCAGACCAGUGAGAGCACAGUGGAUGAGGAUCCUCCGAAGGAGAAGUUCUACUAUGACAAAACAAAGUGCUUUUUUGACAACGUCUCAUCUGACAUGAAGUCAAGGCGAACCACAUGGGCAGAGGAGAGGAAGCUGAAUGUGGAGACAUUUGGUGUUCCCGGCCGAUUCCUGAGGGGCAGAGGAUUUCGAGGGGUCUAUCGAGGGAGGAGAACUGGGAGUGCCAACCAGCGGCCCAUGCCCAAAGUGGAAAGUGCAAGGGCGUGAAAACAGAUGGGCAGUUUACCCACCUCUUAAUGUCCAUAGUGUUAGAGUUUUGUUUUUAGUUUCUUAGAUGCUUUCCUGCCAUCCCUUGGUGUCAGUCUUCUACUGGUAUUGAUGUAAGAGUUAUUACUAAAGUGACCUAUUCGUCCCUCAACACUAAGUGUACUGGAGCGCUUGUCCAAAUGAUGAAUGUUUACGUUUAUUUCCUUUCAUUUCUGCUUCGUAGGACACUGUUUGCAUCACAGAAAUUACAAUUAUGUACAUGGCUUCUGUUAUACAUUUUCAUUUGUGAUUCUAUGGUGCAAUUUCUCUUAGUGGAAACUUCAGAUGAAUUUUUUUUUUUUCCCCCUUGGGAAUUAUGCAUACAUGAUUUGGCAACUGUUUACUUGGAAAUUGAACCAAAGACCUGUGUAUAUGUAACUUAUUUUCAAUUAUUUCAAUUUAGUUGGCAUGUCUAUUGACUGGCCGCAUGUUUACUCAUUGCCUGUAAGGGUUGAUUUUUCUUUUCCCACAUUAUACCUGUUGGUUGGUUGUACAAAGCAAAUUAUUAUUUCUUAAUACUGAAUAUUACAACAGUGGGAAACUUACAUUGUUACUAAUGAUUAAUAAACUACGUGACAUUAUUUGAACUA